CGAAAAUAUUUUCGUUUACCAUAAAUUCUAAUUUUCGUUGUUACCUAAAAUUUGUAAACAUGGCGGAUCGCAUGCCAAAAUUUGACCAAAUUUGAAUUGAAAGUACGCUUUUACCGAGUUCACUAGGUUUUAACAGUGGAAGAAAAAUAUUGUUGAAGUGCAGAUUGCAACUGAGCGUAGCAGCUCGCUAGUCUGGCACCAUGGCUACAGAACAGCCUCAACCAAAAAGUGACCACACCUAUGAUGUGUCGCCUAUGUAUGUUGAUCCCUCCUUACCUGAUGGCUGGAGCAGGGAAGUGAGGCAGCGAAAGGAGGGCAGGUCAGCUGGCAAAUAUGAUGUCUAUAUUUUCAGUCCAGAUGGGAAGAAGUUCCGCUCAAGAACAGAACUGGAGAGAUUUGUUCAAGAUACUGGCAUGGAGGUUGAUCCUCAGGCUAUAGACUUCACUGUAAGAGGGAAAAAGUUUUCUGGUGACAGCAGACCAAAAUCUGUGAAAAAGAAAAUUAAACCGACUGUAAGUGUAACUUUGAAAGAUAAAAGUGACAAAAAGAUAUUUCCUAGUCCAAAAAAAGAUUUAAAACAAUCAAAAAGUCCAAAAAAGACAAAUAAAACGCUGUCCCAGAAGCUUGUAGUGAAGAUGAGGUUUGCAUCGCCAUUCAAAAUGACCAAAUCGAAAGACAGUGGAAAAAGAAAAACUGUUGAUGAAGAUAAUAUUGCAGAGGAAGAAUUUGAUGAAAUGGAUAUUGCAGAGAAUGAACAGUCUGAUCUUGAAGACGAUUUAGUAAAAAUAAAACAACCACCUCCACCUCCACCACCAGUGGACACUAAGAAACAAAAAGCUAAAACGUCAAAAGCUUUGAAACAUGGUGAUAAAAAUGAAGAGAUUGAGAAUGAUCCAGAUUUAAGUAGUCCGCCUGGAAAAAAGAGAAAAGUAAGUACAGAAAAGAAAAGUGUGGACAAAACAGAUAAAAAGUCAGAAAGACGGAAGAGUUCAGAUGCUAAAGAGGAAAGGCGGAAAAGUUCUGAUAGCAAACUAGAAAGAAAGAAAAGUACAGACUCAAAAUCAGAAAGGCGGAAAAGUUCUGAUAAAAGGGAAUCAACUAAAACAAAAAAGAAUGAGGCAGUAAAUGAGUUGCAAGUGUUAGAGAAUAUAAGAGCUUCAUCAAGAAGUGCCCGAUAUAAGAAAAAGCAGGAGGAGUUGAGAGAAAAUAGGGCGGUGUCCGAGGAAGAACAAACAGAUGAAGAUGUGGGAGAUGUGAUGGGAAAAUAUGAGCCUUAUGAAGAUGUUGAUAAUGAAGAUGUAACAGAGACAACUGAUUAUACAGAAGAUGAUGAAGAUAUAGUCAGCCCACAGAUCUUUACUGGUCAGGUGAAAUAUGCAUACAUUCACUCACCACCUAUGAAGUACAGUCCUGGUUCCCUGAUACUGUCACGGACAGAUGAUGGCUGGUUACUAGAGGUGGUUCUAGAUAAUACAAAAUCUGAUGAACCAGUGGUCACAACUGUUCUCACAAGCAGGUCUAUAGAGAAAGUUGAGAUCACAGAUCGGUUUUCUCUGGACAUAUUCUCGCCGGAGUCCGGGUAUAUCUCGGUACAGUUGAAACCAGAUGCUGAAACAUCGAUCAAGAUGAUAGAGCUUCGAGCCAUUAUGGAUGAUGCCGUCACUAUUGGUAAGGAAGAAGAUGAGGAGAGUUUUGAAGACCGUAUUGUUGUGUCAUCAGGUUCACAGGGGUUAGAAGAUGACAUACAUCUAGAAAAUAACAAUAUCCAGAAAGUGGUAGUAAUGGAGAACCACGGGGCAUUUCUCGAUCCAGCAACACUCAGUGCUGUAGUUAAUACUAACGAUGAAAAUGGUAUCACGUUUCCAGACGACAUUCAUGAUGACAGUGAACAGGACAACUUUGCUAAUACAAGUGCUGUCAGUUUGGAAUAUAUAAACACUAGUGAUAUUUUAAAAGACGGAAAUUCAGAUUUUACAUUCACUGCGGAUGAGGAAAGGGUUUUCAAUGUAACAGACUCUGUGACUGUGCAGGAUGCUUAUCUAGCUAGUGUUAAAAUGGGGCAUUUUAAUGGACUCGAGGAACAUGCGUAUUUUAUGACGAAUACACCAGAUAUAUCUCCAAAACGGUCAAGAAAUUCAUCCCAGUCAUCUUCAAGUAAAACUCCAGAGUCUGGUCAUCGCAGAGCAAGUUAUAGUAAUUCUCCAUCGUUAAUACGUAGACUUUCAACGGAAGUAAACGAGUCACAUUCACCAAAAUACAUUCGGUCAUUAUCCUUAGGGAAUUCAAAGCCACAUAAUAAUAGCAUGGAAGAAGACAUGGUUGUGCAUGGAUCAGACUCUGAAGAAUUGGAUGUACAGACCCCGCCAGCUUCACCGCCCCACCCCGAGGUGGAGAGCCAGUAUUUCUUGAAUGGUAUAUUUAUUCCUCAGCCCCAGUUACACAGAGAUAUGCAGUGGACACCACCUAAAUCACCAUAUAACCUGGUACAGGAAAGUCUCUUUCAUGAUCCCUGGAAGCUACUGGUGGCCACAAUCUUUUUAAACAGAACAACAGGUACUGCAGCAAUUCCUUUAUUGUGGAAAUUCCUAAACAAAUGGCCAAAUCCAGACAUGGCUCGUAAAGGUGACCAGGCAGCCAUGGCAAAGAUUUUACAACCACUUGGGCUGCAUGAGAAAAGGGCACAUACAAUUAUCAGGUUUUCAAAUGAAUAUUUAACGAAGUCAUGGAAAUAUCCGAUUGAGCUAUAUGGUAUUGGGAAAUAUGGCAAUGACUCUUACAGAAUAUUCUGUCUCAAUGAAUGGAAACAGGUACGGCCUGAGGACCACAAGUUGAAUCUCUAUCAUAGCUGGUUGACAGAUAAUGCGAAAGCUCUUGGAAUAAGUUGAACUGUGUUUUACUGUGGACAGUUUACUUUUAUCUGGUCUAAAACUGUAAUAAAAAGCUGGACAUCUGACCAGUUAAUAAAGGAAGUGAAGGUGUUGCCUGUCGAGUCAGAAAAAGUAUAAAGAUCUUAGUGCAUAUGUAAAAAUUUGAACAUGGCUUCUUACACCAUCAAGUUGUAAAUAAGAUUGCUUUAUUACCUACUCCUCGGAUUUUCAGAACUGUUUCCAAUUUCAAGGUUUUGACAGAUUGCAAGUGUUCUCCUUUAUAACUGUAUGAAAAAUGAUAUUUUGGUAUUAAGAAAUGAAUUUUUCAGGUUAUAUCUUAAGUGUGAUUGCUCAGUAAUACAGAAAAGCAGGAGAAAGUGAUAGAAAGGUCAGAUUCCUCUCUGUAGAAUAAGAUCCCCCGCCCUACAUGCCAGAUCCUUGUAUAUUUAACUUCCUUGUGGUUAAUCCCACAAGUGAAGUAAAGAUGAACAAAAAACACUGGAAAUGUUUUAGAUUUUUAUAAUAAUAACAAAGGUAAAAGUGUAAAUACUUUGUAUCAUAUAAGAGUUACAUAGUAAUACUGUAUUGCCGGUUUGUAUGAAAAGAACAGAGAUUUUAUUCACCUGUUACUUUAAGGAAAAUUUCUUUGGAAAUCUUUUAUAUGCAUGAUCAGUUGUUACACUAUUGUAUUAUAAUACUAUUUAUAUUACUGUAUAUAAAAGUUUGUACCACACAUUGAAAAUGCAAAUUUUAUAAGUGCUUAGACUGAUUGUUACUGUUUUUUAAUUUGAUACUUGGCAGUGAUAUGAUUUUGCAAGGAGGCUGUUUUUGAAGAAUUUUUAGCUCAGCAGUCGAAGAAUGAGAGCUAUCCUGCUCACCACAGCGUCGGCGUCACACCUUGAUUAAGUUUUUCGUAACGGUCCAAAUUUUGACAAAACCUUUUCACAUAUAGCUUUGAAACUCUCAACACUUGUGUACCAUCAACAUGUCCAGGUGAAAUCAAGAGUACAUAACUAAAUCAGGGAUUUUGUCUGAAUUAUAGCCCCUUUAAACUUAAAAAUUUUGGUUAAGUUUUUACGUACCAGUCCAUAUUUUGCAUAAACUGUUUUGGCUGAAUUAUGGCCCUUUUGGACUUGGAAAUUGGUUCAGUUUUUGUACAAGUCCACAUUUUGUCAAAACUAUUUGACAAUAUGGCUUUGAAACUUUGAACACUUGUUCAUCGUCAUGAGCUUCAUCUUUAGUCAAGUAUGUAACUAUGUCAGAUAUAUAUUUAGCUGAAUUUUUGUCUUUUUCAGACUUUGAAUUCAGUUAAGUUUUUCUUACCAGUCCACAUUUUGUCUGAACUAUUUGACAUAUGGCUUUGAAUCUUUGACCCCUUGUUUACCAUCAUAGUUUCCUUAUGUAGACAAGACAAGGAUUUUGGCUCAGUUAUGGCCCUUUUUCCACAUGGAAAUUAGUUAAGUUUCGCGUACCACUCCAUAUUAUGUCAAGACUGUUUGAUGUAUGCCUUUGAAACUUUUAACACUUGCUUUCUACCAUGGUCUCAAUGUGUAGGCAAGAGUUCAUAAGAUUUCUAUUCACAACUUUUUAUAUAGACCAUUCGAAAAAUAAAUAGACCUAUCUUACUCAUUAUGAAAUAUUUCGACAUUUUUUUUUUUUACAUUCUUUGAAAUUAAUUCAGAUAUUGCAUUGAUACUUGGAGCUCUCCUAUUGAAACAAUAAGGAUGGCUAUUCCACUCACGCAGUGUUGAAGUCACCACUGACAUUCACUUCAGAACUGCAUUGCUUCUUUCAUGAGUAGCACCAGCAACUUUGUGUUAUUUGAAUGCUGUACCAGCUUUACUGCAGAAAUAGAUGUAUGCUUUUUCGCUUUAAUUGAAAAUUUGAGUUAUUCACUACAGAAUGAAAUAUUUUCAUAUACAAUCAGUGUUCCAUUAUACUGCUGGCAUUUUGUCUAUAUUCAUUCACAAAUCUAUUGCAUUGUCCAUAUCUGAAUAAUCUAUAUUUGUAACACUUUUCAAAGUUUUGUAACACAAAGAUGCCAUUCAAGAGGCGCUAUUAAAAAUAACUUAACUAUCACCUUAUGUUCACCUUACCAUCCAACAUGUUGAAAUCCAACACAAGCCAUGCUUCUGUGCUUCUGCAAUAUCCCUACAAUAUCAUUACACAUUGCCGUAUCGUGCAGGACUUAUCCACUUCCACAAAUACAGGUAUAUUGUUUGUUUUAUCUAUUUUCCUUCUUUUGUCUGAAAAUCUCUAGUAAUAUUUUAACCCCAUACAUUCAUAAAUUCUUCGGAUAGUUGAGUUAGCUGUCAACAGACAGCUCAUUUUUGUCUCGACAGCUCUGUAAACGUCAUACAAGUAAAUGUAAGUAUUCAUUUUUAGCUCGACUAUUCGAAGAAUAAGUAGAGCUAUCCUACUCACCAUGGCGUCGGCGUCGGCAUCACACCUUGGUUAAGUUUUUCGUACCAGUCCACAUUUUGACAAAGUCUUUUGAGAUAAAGCUUUGAAACUUUCAACACUUGUUUACCACCACCAUGGUCAGUUAUAGGCAAGAGCACAUAACUCCAUCAAGGAUUUUGGCUGAAUUAUGGCCCCUUUUGACUUAGAAAUCAUGGUUAAGUUUUUCGUACCAGUUCAUAUUUUGACAAAGUCUUUUAAGAUUAAGCUUUGAAACUUUCAACACUUGUUUACCAUCACCAUGGCCAGUUAUAGGCAAGAGUACAUAACUCCAUCAAGGAUUUUGGCUGAAUUAUCGCCCCUUUCGACUUAGAAAUCUUGGUUAAGUUUUUCGUACCAGUUCGUAUUUUGACAAAGUCUUUUGAGAUAAAGCUUUGAAACUUUCAACACUUGUUUACCAUCACCAUGUCCAGUUAUAGGCAAGAGCACAUAACUCCAUCAAGGAUUUUGGCUGAAUUAUGUCCCUUUUUGACUUAGAAAUAUGGGUUAGUAUUUCGUACCAGUUCAUAUUUUGACAAAGUCUUUUGAGAUAAAGCUUUGAAACUUUCAACACCUGUUUACCAUCACCAUAUCCAGUUAUAGGCAAGAGUACAUAACUCCAUCAAGGAUUUUGGCUGAAUUAUGGCCCUUUUUGACUCAGAAAUCUUGGUUAAGUUUUCCAUACCAGUUCAUAUUUUUUGUUAAGUGUUUGACAUAUGGCUUUGAAAUUUUUAUCACUUGUUCAGUAUAAUAGUCUCUACUGUAGGAAAGAGUACAUAACUCUGUCAUCUAUUUUGGCUGAAUUAUGGCCCUUUUUGGACUUUGAAAUUGGUUCUGUUUUCAUACAAGUCCAUUGUUUUGUCAAAACUAUUUGACAUAUGGCUUUUAAACUUUGAACACUUGUUUAUCACUUUGAUUUCCAUCUUCAGGCAAGAGUACAUAACUAUUUUGACUGAAUUAUGGCCCUUUUUGGACUUUGAAAUUGGUUCAUACAUUGCCAUUUAGUGCAAGACUUAUCGAAAUCAAAGAAAUACAGGAACAUUGUUUGUCUAAUCAAUUUAUUUCUUUUGUCUCAAUAUCUGUGGAAAUAUUUUGACCCCAUGCUUCAAUCAAUUCUUCAAAUAGUCGAGUGCGCUGUCAGCAGACAGCUCUUGUUUGUUAGAGGCAAUAAACUGUUGCCUGAACCUUUUUUGCAAAAUAGUUUGUAAAUAUGAGCAAACAAAAUAGUUUGUAAAUAUGAGCAACCCCAGGAUGGCCCGAUCUUAGUUGAAAAUAUUAGUGGGAGUAAGAGAUUUGGUGAAAAGAUGUGUGUGUUUUUUUUUUGUUUUUUUGUAAUCAGAGAAGCAAAUUACUGGUACAUAGAAAUUCUUGAUCCAAUUUUGAGUAUCUGAAAAUAAUUUGUAAUUUAUUUAAUCAUGCAGUUGUAAUGUCUUUUUGAGAGUAAGCAAAAUAAAGUUCUUCUGUCAUUAUUGUAAAUCAAGAAUAUCUUGUAUACCACAGAAGUUAGCUUAAGUGCUUGCGUAAAAAAACCCAAAACAAUGUUUACUCUCCUUGAUCAGGUUUAGUAGUGAACUUUGAAAUAUUGAAAUUUUCUGUUACGGUUAGAAACACCAAAAUGUAAAGAUCUAUUAAAAUUGUAUAAUUUGUAGCAUUUAAAGGAGUAAGAUAUUUUAUCCAGGAGCAAUAAGGUUAAACCAAUUAAAAUAUCAGUGUAUAAAGGCUAUUUAUUGUGUACAGUAAUAUUGUGGUGGUGAAUUUUUCAUCAAUUUCAUAUUUUAAAUUUUUUAGGUACUGUCCAGUUCAUAUACAUGUAGUUGAACUUUAUGUUUUAUCACCUGUACUGAAUGGUAACAGGUGUUUGAUAGUCCAUCUGACAUGUUCAUCCAACACUUGAAUAUCAGUGUGUUAAAGUCUUGUUCCCUUAUUAAACCAGUUGUACUCCAGCAUUGCAGCACCAUCUAGUGUACAUGUUGGUUCAGUGUGACUUUGUACGCUGUAAUUUGACAGUCUGCCAUCGAAACAAACCACAUGUUUUAAGGUCUAGAUUAAUUAGAUAUAAACUCGCGCUAAUUUGAGCUUACAACAGGUUUAUACAUCGUUGAAUAUAGAUUCUGACCUUCCAGUCUACUAGACUAAAAAGGUAGUGCACAUUACUGUGAACUUAGAGAUCAGAAUUUGGUAACUCAUUUUAUGAAAGUACAUUAAAUGGCGAUUUGAUAGAAGACAAUAUAUGAAGUCCCAAUACCACUGAUUCAUGUGAGGAAGUUACCAGUUACUUAGUUGUGUCACCAGACGCAGUUACAUUUGUAAAAUUACAAGACUGCAGUUAAAAGAACUGAAAUACUGCUAAAAUGGUGUUAUAACUAAGUUAAAGAAAUAAAUAUUGAACCGAGGUUUUCAUCUUAUGUCUUUACCCAUUUUUUGCAUUGUAUAAAUGUGCUUGUGCCAUUACAUCUUAUUUAUUUCUCACCUAAGCUGUGUACAGUGUUGCAAAACCAUUAAUUUAUUUAUAGCAGUAAAUUAUCACAUUUUAAAAUGGGUUAAACAUGUUACAUAUAGAAGGAAACUUUUAAAUACUGAGCUUAUUUUAGUGGAAUUGUGUACCUGACUUCUAAUUAUGUUUUAUAUAUAUUUUACAGUAGUUCUCUGGCUUUGUGGAAAAAAAAUGUGCAUUUGCUAUCACUGGAGCCGUCUACAUACUUUUUGAAUUGAACGUCUUACAGUGCUUUAGUUUUCAGCUAAAGUUCUUGGGUCACAUUAUUUUAAUGUUAAAAUGUGUAUUUUUGUUCCUAUCUCAAGUUUCACCAUAUUUUUAAGAUAAUUUAAACUGACUGUUAACACAAAUAUUUUUUAUUGUAUAUAGGUUUCAAGAAAGUACCAUUAUAUGAAAUUACGCAAAAUUUUAAGAUUUCAAAAAUAAAGAGAAAUAACUCUUUCCCUGAAUGACUUAAACCAUGACCUCUGUCACUUAGAAGUUACCAAUGCAUUGUUUUAUGAUUUUUAGAAAGAUUAAGAGUAAAUAGCUGCACUAUUGUUUAUUUUUGUGUUAAAUUAUGAGUGUACCAAUCUUGUUGUUAUAGAUAAACCGAUGACCUAUAGAAGUCCAAGAAGAUCUUGCAACCCAAAGUUUGUUAAUUUAUAUCAUGAUUAAUUGUUUUUAAAUUCACAUCCAAGGCAGUAAGUGUGCCAGAUUGCAGUUUCAGAUUUUAAUUACAAGUGUUAAUUAUGUGUUGUAUCAGUGCAUUUUGUUGAGUCAAAAUUUAUUUCUAUAUGAAAAAUUACAUGUAUAUUUUAAACACUUUGACAGUGAUAAAACUUUUAUUUGACAGUGAUAACAAUGAUUUAAGAUACCACUAACAAACCAGGCUUUAUUUGUUAUUUUACAUGUCUUGUAAAUAAUCUUUAAACAUACAAAUACAUGUAGAAUAAAUUCAUACCAUAAAU